AUGGUUUCCCUGCGCUCCUCCCUGCUUGCCGUGCUGGUGGUGGUCGCCCUUGCCAAGCCUGCGCUCUCGCACAGCGACGACUUUGCCACGGACGACGACGCGCCUUUGUUCGAGUUCUUCGCGAAGGUCACGGCGGCAAAGUCGGUGCCCCCCAUAAACCGCAACACGACCGCCUUCUUUGCUGCCAGCGUCGCAAACGGCACCGUAACUUGGGAGCUGGAGGUGUUCCACGUGCAGAAUCUGACCAUGGCACACAUUCAUCUGGGCAACUCCGUGACCAACGGACCGAUCAUCGUGGGCCUGCUUCCUCUGGGCGAGCCCGUGAACGCCUUCGACGGGAGCAUCCCUCCCAUGUUCAAGCACCCCAGGACCGGCCUUCGCCUCGCUUUCAAUGGAACAUUCACCGCCGACGACUUCGUGGGCCCAUUCGCAGGGCUAGAGAUGGACGACCUCAUAUCUUCCUUCUACACCGAGGAGGUCUACGUAAACAUCCACACCGUGCGCCACCCCGCUGGCGCUGCACGCGGACAGGUGAAUGCCAACCCGGACGUGUAG